AUGAAAACGUUUCCUUGUAGUAGUAUAAAACCUAUUGUUCCAUGGGUUGAUCUACCGCCCGAGCUUCUGUCACUAAUUACCAGUUCUUUGGGCAUAAUUGAUCUUCUUAGUUUCCGUGGUGUUUGUAAGGAUUGGCGCUUGGCUCCUUGCACGGCUUCGGCCGAGGUUGAGUCCGAUCCAAGCUCUAAGCCCUGGUUUAUACUCUUUGGAGAGACUGAAUAUUGUACCUUGUACAAUCCAAAUGACAAGAUCUAUAGUAUCAAUUUUCCGGAGCUAAAACAUUCGACUUGCCUUGCAUCAAACCAGGGAUGGCUACUUCUCUUCCAAGAAGGCUCCAUUUUCUUCUUCUGCCCCUUCUCACAAGCCAGAAUCGAUCUCCCAUGGUUUCCUCACCAAGAAAUCUCCGAACAUAUUGCGGCAUUCUCAUGCCCUCCCACUUCAUUGGAAUGCAUCGUGUCAAUCAUCAAUCGAUGUGAUGAAAACACAUUGGAGAUAAACGUGCUUAAGAGAGGAGAAAAUGCAUGGACUACACACACAUUUGAACUCAACAAACAGAGCUUUGGCACGAUUAUUGGAGGCAUAUUCGAUGAUGAAAUGGGAACCUUUUAUUAUUUAGAUAAUGCCAGCCAAACUUUGACCUUCUCUAUGGAGGCAAGCAAGGAGACAAACUACGUUAUAUAUCAAAUUGUAACCGAUUCACCUGAUGACAAGAGUGUUGGCUACCUGCCAUUUUGUUUCGAGAAGAGUUAUUUCAGACAUUCGGAUUUACAAGAUAGGAUAGGACUCAAGGAUGAAUUUUCGAUUUCAAUCUGUGGGGCAAUCAUACGGGGACAUGGGGUGAACAUUCUUAUUAACAACGAAUGCAUCGAGGCAUCAAACAGGUCAGAAAAAUGCCAAAUGAAAGGAAUAUGGAUUCAACCAAGAUUCUUCAAAAUUCCUACAACUCAGAGCUGGUAAAUUUGAUGGUUUGUUGUUCUUCUAGCAUUAGCAACAUUCUAAUUUUUGUGCUAUUUAUUCAUUAGGCAAUUUUGAACACUGGGAGCAACGUAUUCAUUAGCAUGUAAAACUUUAGCCGUUUCUUGUUUUUCCUUUUCCUUUCCUUUUCCCCCCCUCGAUCCGAUAUACUUCUGCACAUUAUUACUGGAGAUUGACAGUAAAUGUUUCUCAUUGCAUGCCUUUUCUUUUACUAUCUUUGCCCCCUAAUUGGUGGGGAUUAAAUUUAGAUAUUUAGUAGAUUUUGGAGUGUGUU